AUGACAAAAGCUUAUGAUGUGGGCUAUUUCAAAACUUGUUCAUUGAACAGUUAUGGAGAAACAAUGACAAAAUGUAAAGGAAAAUCUAAAGAUGUAAAUAUACAACUUUCAACAAACUACUGUACAUUCCCAAUAACACAAAUUGGUGAACUGCAACAUCAGAUAGUGAAUAUAAUAAAUCAUUCAGACUGUUCAACAGUCUAUGAAUUAUUAACUGGUCAAUCAAAAAUUUAUACAAAUAAAAAUGAUCAAUCAUGUACUAUUGUAUCUACAGUAUUUCCAAUAAUAAAAGGUUUAUCAAAUGGUAUUAUUAAAUCAAAAGAAACACUACAAUUGAUUAUUGGCUUUUGUCCACAAGUAGCAGGUCAUUUUUAUCGUCGAUUUACUUUGUUAGUCUGUAAUCAAGAACCACAAUUUUUGCAUUUACUUGGUACUUGUCAUGAUUUAAUUGAAAGACCACCUCAUUUAAAACCAAAACAUUUAAUGAAUAUAGAAUUAUGUAAUCAACAAUUGGACAAUCAAAUAGAUGUAUUUCAGAAGGAUGAUGAUAAUCAUCAAAAUGGCUAUGAGAUUUAUUCUGAAAUGAUGCAAUCAUCAGAAAUCAUGAUUAAUCCACCGCUAUUAUCCUUAAAUUAUACAACUUGGGAUUUCACUUCAAAUUCAAACUUGUUAUCUAAGGCAUUAUUAUGUGCAGAACAAUUAAACAAAUCAAUCAAUCAAGGUUUAGAAUUAAAUCUUGAACAUUUAGCUAUACGAAAUACAUUAAUUGUACAAAACUUUACCAAUCAUGUAAUGCUAAUUCAUUGGUCACUAAAUAAACAAAUCAAUUUCAAUCAUCAAGUCAAUGGUUAUAAUGAAUAUGAAAAGAAAAUAAACAGUUUUAGAAUUGAACCAAUAUCAAAAGAACUUGCACCAAAUAGUUCAACAGAAUUCACUAUGCUGUUUACACCAGCUAAUAUAUGCCAGUACUACUAUCAAGAAUUCGAAGGAUUUGCUAUGUACAAAAAUCAAAGAGAUAAUAGUUUGAUUAAUUCAGAAAAGAUAAAACCACCUCAUUGUUUAUUGGUCAGUUGUUAUGGUCAUACAUUCCCUGGUGAUAAACAAUCAUUUACACCUUAUUAUGAAAUAAAUAAAUCGACAAUUAUAUUUGAUCCAAUUGAAUAUUGUGAAAAUAAAUUUGAUUCAAUCUCAUUAUAUAAUAAAAGUGAAUAUCCAUUAUUAUUACAACAUAAAAAUCUUAAAAAAUGUUUGAACUAUGAAGAUUUCGACGAGAAUAUUUUGAAUAUUCAACUUAUCCCUUCAAUAACUUUAAUUCCGCCAAAUUCAUACAAAGUGAUUGUGUUUCAAUGUGAAACUAAUCUAUCCUAUGCUGAAAUUAAAAAAAAGAUGGCAACUAGAGAAGAUAAAAUUAUACUCAAAGGACUUGAGAUUGUGUCAAUGAACCAACAACCAAAACAUGAAUGGAGAAUCCCAAUUGAAAUCAAUUUUACUACAGCGAAUAUCAUUUUAGAAAACGAUGGUGAAUUGUAUUUUGUACCUACUCAUGUAGGUGCAUAUACACAGAAGAAAUUCAACAUUACAAAUGUCUCACCUUAUAAAAUAGAAUUUUGUUGGGAAAUUAUUUCUGAUGACAAAACUGAAUUAGAAGUUCAUCCGAAUAAAGGAUUUCUAUUACCAAAUGAAAUACAAUCACAAUUGUGGACAUUUCAUCCAACACAAGUUACUAAUUGUGUAUUUAAACCACGUCUUAGAUAUUGGAGAUAUAAUCAAUCCAUUAACUAUUCUAAUAAUCAAAAAUUUAAUGAAUAUUCAUAUGAAAUAAAACAAAAAGAAUUACGUGUCAUCACUAUGUCAGGAAAUGCCCAAUUAUCGAUUGAUCCAGAGACAAUUACUUGUCAUCCAUUAUUAGUAAAUACAUCAGCAAGUUAUAAGAUCAAUUUUCAUAAUCGUAGUAUAAUAUCAACUCAUUUCUGUACAAUAAUUAAGCCAUUGUAUCAUGAGAGUAAUCAGAAUUUAAAGUUGGAUGAAUUUAUUACGGUAAACACUAGUGAUAAUCUGAUUAGUGGUCAUUCAACUAAAUCAAUUACAAUCAAUAUUUGCCCAAAAUCAAAAGGAAGCUUUUGUUUUCAUUUAUUCUAUCGGUUGUAUACUACUAAUGAAAUUAUUAGUAAUAAGAAGAAUACCAAUAAAAUGAUUGAUGGAAUAAACAAUAAAUCAGAUAAUACACGUAAAUAUCUAACUGAAGAAAUAUUAGCUACAACAAUAUUUGUUGAAUCAGUCUAUCCUACUCUACGAAUUACUGAUAUUCAUGGUUCAGGAAGUUUAAAUAAUACUAGUCCAGUGGAACUAUGGAGAAGUUUGGAUAUAGACAGUUUGAAUAUUAGUUUAGAAUCUGAUCCAACAGAAUAUGAAUUAAAGGAUACAAUCAAUAGUCGUCCACUUUAUCGUGAUCAUCCCAAAUCAUUAGAUUGUCGUGGACCAGAAUUUGAUUUAUUCAUUGGAACAUCAGCACUACUAUGCUUUUUGGUGGAAAACUCAGGUUUGAUAGAAGUCGAUUUCGCUUUCAUGUUUCCGGAAGAUUUACGUAUUGAACUACCCACUUGGGCAGAAAGUGGACAUUAUGAGGAAGCCGAACUUCAACAAUUACAUAUUGAAAAUCAUUCAUUAAUUGAUAUUCAACCAAGACGAUGUUUAUUAAAAUCUGGAGAAUAUUCUGAAGUUAUGAUCACCUAUAAUCAUAAUUUAUCUGGUUGUCAUCAAUUGCCAAUCGUUUGGAAAAUUAAUGGUGGUCGAGAAAUUAAGUUAAAUAUGAUUGGUGUUACUUUACCAUUAAAUCAACCUUAUUUACAAUUAAUGAAUCGUAAAUAUAUAUUGAAUCCAACACCAAUUGGAUUAGGAGAUUAUCGUUUAGGUUAUUUAUAUCAAAUGAAAUUAAGAAAUCCUAAAAUCAAUGAAAAAUUGAUUGAAUAUGAUUUACCUAUAUUAUAUUGUAUACAAAAUCAAGGAUUAAUUCAAUCAAAUGGAUUGUAUAUAUUAGAUUGGAGAUUUCGUCCUAUAGAAGCAAAAACAUAUACUGCUUAUUGUUAUAUUCAUAUUGUGGAUGCUGAACUACCGUCAGUUACUAAUCAAUCAGUCUAUUCUGAUACUAUUCUAUUAGAAUUAGUAGCAAUUGGAUAUGAUCCAAAACAAUUGGGACCUAAAGAAAUAAUAGCGAAUCCACAAUGUGUUCGAAUUCCAACUGCUAUUGAAAAUCAUAUAAUCUCUUUGGAUAGAAAACGACAGUCAAUCAUUAAAUCUAACAAUGAUAGUAUGGAUGAGGAUGAUUUGACUUUUCGAAAUUUUCCUCCACUUGCACGUCGAAUUAAAACUCCAAUUGAUUCAUGGGUCAGUUUAUCACAUCAUUUAAUAGAAUUACAUCGUAUUAUUAUUGGAACACGUUGUAGACGUUUAAUUCAUAUGACAAAUAGAUUUAGCUCUGAUAUUCAUCGAUUACCUAUUAAUAAUCGAUCAGUUUAUCGAUUUCGAUGGUUUACGGAAUUUCCAAAUGAUAUGAAGAUUGUUAACAUUAAUCCAAGAAUAGGGAGAAUUAGACCAGGUCAAACAAUUCAAGAACUGAUUACUUUUACAGCUAGUGGAUUACCACGUUUUACUGAGAUAAAUCUAAUUUGUGAAUUAGUCGAUGAACAUGAAGAGAACAAAUAUUGUGAAGAAUUAAAGGCUUGGCAAUCCGAAAUAGAUAGACUGAAAGUUGAAUUUACAGUAACAGAUAAUGACUUAAGAAAAAAGAAAGCGAAACCAGAAGCCAUAUCAUCAGAAUCAGAUGAGAUUGAUAUAGAUGAGCUUUGUCAAAAAUGGCCAAAACCAAUUCACACCAAACCAGUUUACGUUUACCUCACAAUCAGUGCGGAAAUAAUCAAUGAUGAAGCUGCAAAAAUCUAUGGUGUAAAUGAUGAAGGGAAAACAUCAUUCAUUGACUAUGCACAAUUUUUUAAUUCUAAUCAUUCAGCUGCUAAAGCAAUCAGUUCAACUAAAAUACAAGAUCAUAUUUGGAACUUACAUCAACAAUUAUUCACUGAUUUGAUAACAUCUUUAAUAGAUAGUUUAAUAUUUAAUAAUGAAUUUGUACAAAUUAUCCAAAAUAUUGUUAUUCCAUCUGAGAAUAUCAUUCAUGCAUCAUCAUCAUUGAACAACAAUGAAAUCAUCGUUGAUGAUGAUGACGAUGAUGAUCCAGUCCCAUUAUGGAUACAAAUAAAAUCAGAUAAUUGUUAUAAACCUAACGAAUUAUCAAUUAAUUAUAUAAAUGACAUAAACAAAACAACAAAUCACUUAAAUAAUUGGAUACCUGAAAUAGUUCAAGAGAAAACUAAUAGACAAGAUAUGAAAAGUAUAAAUAAAGAAACUGCUGACAGUAUGUGCAUACAGAAUCCGGCUAUUCAAUGGUUAAUUGAAGAUGCUUUAGCUGGUAUGUUAAGUAAUAUUCUGGAUGAAGCAAAUGAAAAAGAAUUCGAAAUAACUACUAGACCAAGAAUAAUCGCAUUACCACCGAUGACAAUACUACAGAACAAAAUGGAAGAUAAAUAA